CACGUUUUUACCCUUUUGGAGGAUUUUACACUCAAAUAGAGAGCUCAGGAGUCCGCUCAAAAGCCUCACACCAGCUAGCUACCGCCGCUUGUCUUCAGCACCCGCCGCCGCCGAUUCCUCUCGCCAGGAUGGCUCAGUUACAAGCGAUCUCUUCGUGUUCGUCCUCCAAUCGUCUUUUCCAUGGCUCUAAAAAAGAUUCAGCUGGUAUUGGCCACAAAUUUCUGUGCCCCAGAAAAGUAGCUCCACAACAAGAGCUAGGGGUGAAGGCCAGUGAAUUUCAUGGUCCUGCUGUCAUCCAAAAAGCGGCCAACUUUGGUGUCAAACGUGGCAAUCAUGCUAUCCGAGCAGUUUUAGCUAGUGAUAAGGAGGCAUCAACUUCCAAUGGUGUGGAUGAAAAAGUUUUGCGUAAAAAGUUGGACAAAGUGGUCCUGGCCUACAGUGGUGGUUUAGAUACAUCCGUAAUUGUUCCUUGGCUCAGGGAGAACUAUGGUUGUGAGGUUGUUUGCUUCACUGCCGAUGUUGGUCAAGGCUUGCAAGAAUUGGAAGGUUUGGAACAAAAGGCCAAGGCUAGUGGGGCAUGCCAACUAGUUGUAAAGGAUUUGAAAGAGGAGUUUGUGAAAGAUUUUAUCUUUCCUUGCUUACGAGCUGGUGCCAUCUAUGAGAGAAAGUACUUGCUUGGGACUUCAAUGGCUCGUCCAGUGAUUGCAAAGGCUAUGGUUGAUGUUGCCAAAGAGGUUGGAGCUGAUGCAGUUUCACAUGGUUGCACCGGGAAAGGAAAUGAUCAAGUCCGGUUUGAGCUCACAUUCUUUGCUCUAAAUCCAGAUCUCAGCGUGGUUGCUCCUUGGAGGGAAUGGGAAAUAACUGGAAGAGAAGAUGCCAUUGAGUAUGCUAAAAAGCAUAAUGUGCCUGUUCCUGUCACCAAGAAAUCCAUUUAUAGCCGAGAUAGGAAUCUGUGGCAUCUCAGUCAUGAGAUCUCUAUUGUUACUGGUAAUCUGUUUCAAGAAGCUUUGAGUUUUGUACUUUUCAUCUUCUACAUCAUUGUGGAGAGAGAUAUUUGUGGAACAAAUGGUGAUAUCUUGGAGGACCCAGCAAAUGAGCCGAAGGAGGACAUGUACAUGAUGAGUGUGGACCCAAAAGAGGCACCCGACCAACCCCAGUACCUAAAAAUCGGCAUAGUUGAAGGCAUUCCUGUCUCGAUCAACGGGAAAGAACUUUCUCCCGCAACCCUCCUCUCAGAGCUGAACGAAAUAGGCGGGAAGCACGGUGUGGGGCGAAUAGAUAUGGUCGAAAAUAGGCUCGUGGGCGUGAAGAGCCGUGGGGUCUACGAGACUCCCGGUGGGACCAUCCUCUUUGCUGCUGCCCGUGAGCUCGAGUCCCUCACGCUCGACCGUGAGACGAUGCAGGUAAAAGACUCUCUUGCCCUUAAGUACGCUGAGCUGGUUUAUGCGGGUCGAUGGUUCGACCCGCUCCGCGAGUCCAUGGAUGCUUUCAUGAAGGAAAUCACCAAGACCACCACUGGGUCAGUGACACUUAAGCUUUAUAAGGGGUCGGUUAGUGUUACGGGCCGAGAAAGCCCGUAUAGCCUUUAUAGGGAGGAUAUUUCGUCGUUUGAGACUGGGGAGAUUUACAAUCAGGCUGAUGCGGCUGGUUUUAUCCGUCUUUACGGGCUGCCGAUGAGAGUUCGGGCUAUGCUUGAGAAAGGGCUCUGAUGCGUUUUUUAGGGCCCGUUUGGGGAUUCUGUUGGCUGGACUGUAUUGUUUGUCCAAUUUGAUACUUAUUGUUUACUGCUGCAAAUUGUUGUGGUAUCAUGUGAGAUGGUUGGUAUCUUGAGUUUAAUUGAUGCUGUUCUUCGCUUUUUGACAAUUUCUAGCUCUACUGAUUCUUAUAUGUGGGUUAAAAUGCGUAUAUAUGCCCCUUGAAGCCUUUUCA